UGUAGAGAAAACCUAAAAGAAUAUAAGUCUAACAGCCUCUCACCACGAGAGAGCCACUUACUGGGUAGAUAAUCUGCCAAAGAGCCCACCUGAUUGGCGGAGCAGGCAAAUUCUUCUCACAUUUAUCAAUUGUGUCGUCGGUGAUAUGUCGGUCAUUAAAUCGCUGACGGACUGGUGACAAGCAGCGACCAGUUGGCCUUCAGUGCCGAGCGACCAAGCAAAGUCAACUCUUAACUUGGAGCUUGAAUUAUUGCUAGAAAAAGAGCGGGAUCGAACUACUGUCUGCCUCAGGAGAAACAUCUUGUCCUCUUCUUCUUGUAGCACUGAUCCUUGAACCACUCCGACCGUCUGUAGUUUGCAGCCAGGGAAAGCUUCUUUCAGAUGGCUAGCUCAGCACAGACCAGCAAUACCUCUCGAACCCCUGACGGGAAUGAAGGGCCUAGCCGUCCGCCACCAAAGCAGAGAGAGUCACGAAAGAGUUCUUCGCGGUUUACGGCUAAAAAUCAGUCAACGGCUGCAAAAAGAAUACAGAGAGAGCUAACAGAAAUAACGCUAGACCCUCCGCCAAACUGCAGUGCCGGCCCCAAGGGUGACGACCUGUAUGAGUGGUACUCUACCAUACUGGGACCCCCCGGAUCUGUAUACGAGGGGGGUGUUUUCUUCCUGGACAUUCACUUUCCUUCAGAUUAUCCCUUUAAACCACCAAAGGUCACCUUUCGCACCAGAAUUUACCACUGUAAUAUCAACAGCCAGGGAAUGGUCUGUCUUGACAUCCUUAAGGACAGCUGGAGUCCCGCCCUCACCAUCUCCAAGGUUCUGCUGUCUAUCUGCUCCUUACUGACAGACUGCAAUCCAGCUGAUCCGCUGGUAGGAAGCAUUGCAGCUCUCUACGUCCAAAACCGGAGCGAACACGACGCGACCGCCAAGGAAUGGACCAAGCGAUAUGCCACAUGACAUGGUCAUCUUCCUUCGCUCAUCGGACUUAUAAAUCAUUACGGGAUGAUAGGUGGAGGACACUGCUCCCCAGUCUAUUCCCGCUGAUCCGCCACAGGGCGCCUCGUAUCGCCAAGCAGAGUAAUUAAGUUGUCUUUUAAUUUUCAAAGACUAUGAUAAUGUUUCCUCGCGGAGAAAGAAGUAGAUACAAGUAAAGUACACGUAGAAAGUAUUCUGUACAGUAACAAGUUUUUUUUUUCGUUCUAUGCCCUAUGUUCUAUGUCCUUUGAGGGACAAUUUCAAUAUAUCCAAGAUGCAUCGCUUUUGUGGUAAUUUUCGAACCCCCUAAAAAGCUAAGAAACAUUUACAUGUACUUGUACAUUAAGCGUAAUUGAAGAAACUGUUGAAAUGGUUUUCAAAUGUUUCUAAAUGUGGAUAGUCAAGGCUUUUUACUCGUGAAAGCAAAUGUAAUGUAAGGGUGUAAGACGGGUGAUUUUGCCCCUGGAAACAGCUUUAUAUAUAUAUAUAUAUAUAUAUAUAUUAUAAAGUUUUUGUAAAUAUUCGAUUUUUUAAAUCUUUGUUGCGUUUAUGCUUAGUGAGUUCGCAAAGUUUCUGAAGGGCUAACAAGAGAGAAUAUAUUCUAUAUAUGUAUUUACUGUGAUAAAUGUAUUGCAUAUUCUGAUGCAUUAAACGAAACUCAAUUAUU